AUGGGGCCACCUCUCUCAUCAGUCAUCGCUAACAUCUUCAUGGAACAUUUCGAGCACCAAGCACUCAAGACUGCGGACAAACCUCCUUCACUCUGGCUCCGCUACGUCGACGACACCUUUGUCAUCUGGCCGCACAGCACACCCGACCUUCACCAGUUUCUCAACCACCUCAACCACCAGCACCCCAGCAUCAAGUUCACCAUGGAGACCCAACGCGACAAUUCAAUUCCAUUUCUAGACGUUCUCAUCACUAAGACACCGUCUGGAUUCCCAUCUCACCAGGUGUACCAAAAACCUACCCACACAGACCGCUACCUCAACUUCCGCUCACACCACCACCCGUCCAUCCACCAAUCAGUCGCCGACACCCUCGUCAGACAAGCCCACCAACUCAGCGACAAGGCACACUUACAACAAAAACUGAAACACGUGACCAAUGCACUCACCACCAUCAACCAUUACCCCAGAAGAAGGAUCAACACUCAUCCAUCCAGUCACCAACCCAGCACCAACAGCACCAAAAACCCAUCCGAAACCAAGCCCAUCGCUACCAUAGUACUUCCCUACAUCGGCAAGACUUCACACCGACUACAACGCAUCCUUCACUCUGCCAGCAUCCUCGUCAGACACCAAUCCUCUCGUAAGCUACACUCCAUCCUUCACUUUCAUAAGGACAAGCACCCAUUCAACAAGCAACCAGGCGUCUACAAGAUCCCCUGCGACUGCGGCAAAGUCUACAAAGGAGAAACCGGCCGAGUCUUCGACACCAGACUCAAGGAACACAAGACCCACCACCGACGCAGCGACUGGGACCGAUUUGCCAUCGUCAAGCACGCACAACAAGAGAAUCACCGCAUAGAAUGGAAGAAGAGCCACCUAAUCAACAAGAUCCGGCACUGGAAUACCAGAAGGGUCAGGGAAGCCAUUUAG